UUUUUGGCGCGAAAACUCGCUUUUGACACAAUCAAUACUCGGCUUGGAUAGAGGUUUGUGUCAACUUUUUGUGGUCAACGUAAAUAAUUUGAAUAAAAAAAAAAACAGGACAAACAAAAAGAUGGAAUUGGAUAUAGCUCAAAAGCGGCCUUUACCGGAAUGGAUGAAUUCGAUGGAAUGCACCGUUCGUAUUGAAAGAAUGGAAAUGAAUGUGAACGAUUUUGUUGAAGAAAAGGAAAAUGCAAACACAUUGAACAAGACUAAUGAAAAAGACAAUCAACAAGCUAGUUGUGCGACAUUAAAACGGUACAGGACACGAUCGAGUAUUGUAUCACAAACGGAUUCACUGGAUCUCAAUUCAGAAGUAAACCGAAAAAAUCCACGAUUAGCAACCGGACCAAAGCCAAAACCGGCAUUCAUCGAAUACAAAGGAAAAGUUGAAUACUAUACUGAGUUUUAUGACAUUGCAUACGCUGCAGACACUUUGCUGACAUGGGUGAAUGCUCAGCAAACAAACGAAAUGAUUCCCAUUGCUUUCGAUAUGGAAUGGCCAUUCACCUUCCAAACGGGACCCGGUAAAACGGCAGUCAUUCAAUUUUGCGCCGCUGUUGACCUGUGCUACGUUCUGCACAUCGCCAAUCUUAAAAAAUUGCCAGCGGCACUGGUUCAAUUAUUACUGCAUGACAAAGUCUGUUUACACGGAGUCAAUAUCAAAAAUGAUUGCCGAAAAUUAGAGAGAGACUUUCCCGAGGUGACCUCCCAAAAGAUGGUCGAUCAAUGCAUUGAUUUGGGCGUAUACUGCAAUAAAAUUAUGAACACUGGCGGCCGUUGGAGUAUGGAACGACUGGUUUGGUAUCUUUGUCGGCUGAAAAUCAACAAAGACAAAAAAGUGCGAAAUAGUAAGUGGCACAUAAUGCCUUUAUCGCCUGAACAACAAAUCUAUGCGGCAAUCGAUGUAUAUAUAUCGCAAGUGAUGUACUACAAGUUGAAGGAUAAAGAAGUGGAAAAAGAGACUGAAGCGCAAAAAUUCAUUGAAGAAUACGGUGAACAAGCUUACAUUGAACGACAAAAACUGCUUUAAUCAGUCAAUCAAACAAACAAACAAAACGAAAUUAAGGAUGUCACUGCCAUUAGUACAUGUUUUACGAACGGGACUUAUAAAAUACGCACAUGGAUUGAAUCUACAAAAAUUUAUCACAUCAAAAUUUAGUGAACAGAAUGAGAAUAAAUUCAGAAAUAUUUUAAUAUUAACGGAACAUCAGCCGGUGUACACGAUUGGCAUUCGCACCAAAAACUAUAGCAUCGAUGAUGAAUCGCAUCUACGAAGCUUAGGCGCUGAAUUUUAUCAAACCAAUCGCGGUGGUUUGAUCACAUUUCAUGGGCCCGGCCAAUUAGUUGCCUAUCCAAUAAUCAAUUUGAAGGACUUUCAACCGAGCAUCAGAUGGUACGUGUGCCAUUUGGAGAAAACAAUCAUUGACCUGUGCAAGCAAUUCAAUCUUAAUGCAACCACUACAUCCGACACCGGUGUCUGGAUCGACGAUCGCAAAAUAUGCGCUAUGGGAGUGCAUGGUAAACGUUAUAUAACAUCACAUGGACUGGCACUGAACUGUAACAUUGAUUUGAAAUGGUUUGAUCACAUUGUACCGUGUGGUUUGACCGGCAAAAGUGUUACAUCAUUGACCACAGAAUUAAAUAGAAAUGUGUCGAUUAGCGAGACAACGCCACUAUUUCUAAAUAGCUUUAAACAAACUUUUAACUGUCAACUAAUUGAAUUGCCUGAUGAUGAAACCAAAUUUUAUACGGAUCAUAUGAAUCUAGCUGCUUAAUUGUUUUUUUUUUUUUAUUGUAUACAUAUAGUAAAAUAUUCUUAAUGAACAACGUGUUUUUUUUUUUUACUUUGAGACUGAAAUAAAAAUGAGUACACGAGUACGUUUAA